UAACGCGUAAUAAUAAAAUAAAAAACACUCAUUGUCAGUGCAUGUGGAUAUGUGUGUGUGUGCUAAGUGCGAUGCGCAGCUGUUUUAGGCCGCGACGCUUUAGCCUAUAAAACAAACAAAAAAAUAAUCGGACAGCGCAGCGCACCUAAAAACAACAACAACAAGAGCAAGCGAGGGGUGUUUGACUGCUCUUUUUUGAUAUUAUACGUGUGUGUGUGUCAGUGCCAACCAAGCCAUUAUAUUUUGUCUUAUGACGUAAACCACCAAAAAAAAAUCAAAAGUGAGCAAAGCGACACAUACUACAACAACACGAAGCAGCAUGUCACGACAAGAGAAGGCAAAGUCGACGGGCGGCAGCCUGUUGGAAAGCUGGUUUGGACGCCCCUCCAAGUCGAAAGGGGCGGGUGGCAAUUACAACAGCAAUACGCUGACUCAAGGCAGCGGCCGUCCCAAUUCCACAGACAACGAUGGGGGUGGCUUUGCGGCGGAAGACAUAGAACGUCAUAUACAAGAGCUGACGGAGGCGCAGGUGAAUGCCAAAUUCUUGGACAUACUCGAGGAUAUGAAUAUACCCAAGGAUAAGCGUGAACCAUUGUUGAGCAAGCCCAUGGAGGAGCGACAGAAAAUGAUAUUUAUGCAUAUGAAAGGCAAGAACUCGUUGGAGCGCAGCGCCAAUUCGCGCUUCGAGAAGCCCAUUGACUACAUCGAGUAUCUGCAGAAUGGAGAGCAUAGCGAGGCGAAGGUCUAUCAAUGUGUGGAGAGCUUGCGUGUGGCGCUUACGAGCAACACCAUAUCCUGGAUCAAGGAGUUUGGCGUUCCGGGCAUUGGCGUCAUUGAGAAGCUGCUGGCAAGGGCCAAAAAGGAUCGCAGCUAUGAUCGCAUUGAGUUUGAGGCAAUACGUUGCCUCAAGGCUAUUAUGAAUAACACAUGGGGAUUGAAUGUGGUGCUGUCACCCGAUCAGCAUAGUGUGGUGCUGCUGCUGGCGCAAUCGCUGGAUCCGCGCAAGCCGCAAACCAUGUGCGAGGCGCUCAAGCUGCUGGCGAGUUUCUGCAUCGUCUACGAGCGCAAUGGCUAUGAGAAGGUGCUGCGCGCUAUCACGACCAUAGCAGCCACUUCGUAUAAGGCAAGUGAACGCUUCAGACCCAUUGUGGAUGCUUUGUUUAGCGCCGAUUCCAGUGGAUCCAAGCGUGAGCUGGCCUGUCAUAGUUUAAUCUUCAUUAAUACGCUCACCAACACGCCCACGGACUUGAAUUUCCGUUUGCACUUGCGUUGUGAGAUCAUGCGCAUGGGUCUGUAUGAGCGUCUGGAUGAGUUUGAGGCUAUUGUCAAUGGCAGCAGCAAUGAGGCACUGCAGCAGCAUUUUAAGAUCUUCAAGGAGAUACGCGAGGACGACUUCGAGGAGUUUGUGCAGCGCUUCGAUAAUGUCACCUUCAACAUGGACGAUGCACAGGAUUGCUUCGAUGUGCUCAAGAAUUUGGUCACCGACACCACCUCCGAGCCGUAUUUCCUAUCAAUCCUACAGCAUUUGCUUUACAUACGCGAUGAUUUCUACUUUCGUCCUGCCUACUAUCAGCUGAUCGAGGAGUGCAUUGCCCAAAUUGUCUUCCACAAGGGCUACUGUGAUCCCAACUUUGAGAAUCGCAAUUUCAAUAUAGACACCUCGCUGCUGCUCGACGACAUCGUGGAGAAGGCCAAGGCCAAGGAAACGCAACGCUCAGAGGAGUAUGAGAAAAAGAUUGAAGCGCUGGAGAGCGCCAAGCAGGAGGCGGAAGCCAAGGCGGCGCACUUUGAGGAAAUGGUUAAGCUUAUGGAAGCGGGUGGCGCUGUGGCGCCUUCGCCCAACAAGCUGCCCAAACUAAAUAUACCCUUGGCACCACCAGCGCCAGGAGGACCAGGCGCGCCACCACCGCCGCCGCCUCCCAUGCCUGGCAUGGCGGGCGGUCCACGUCCGCCACCGCCGCCUCCUAUGCCUGGCAUGGCAGGCGGUCCACGCCCACCGCCGCCACCACCUAUGCCCGGCAUGGGCGGUGGACCACCGCCGCCGCCGCCUAUGAUGGGCAUGAUGCGUCCCGGCGGACCACCACCGCCACCAAUGAUGCUGGUGCCUGUGCUGCCUCACGGCUUGAAACCCAAAAAGAAAUGGGAUACCAAGAAUCCCAUGAAGCGCGCCAACUGGAAGGCCAUUACGCCCGCCAAGAUGUCAGAGAAUGCGUUCUGGGUGAAAUGCCAAGAGGACAAGCUAGCCUCGGAUGAUUUUCUGCAAGAACUUGCUGUCAAGUUCUCCUCCAAGCCGGUGAAGAAGGAGCAAAAGGAUGCCGUGGAUAAGCCCACAACGCUGGCCAAGAAGAGCAUUGAUCUGCGCGUGCUCGAUGGCAAAUCCGCACAGAAUCUGAGCAUCCUACUCGGUGGUUCACUCAAGCAUCUGAGCUAUGAGCAAAUCAAGAUCUGUCUGCUGCGCUGUGAUACGGAUAUACUCUCAUCCAAUAUACUGUCCAACCUGAUACAGUAUCUGCCGCCUCCGGAGCAGCUGAAGCGUCUGCAGGAAAUCAAAGCCAAGGGUGAACCAAUGCCGCCAAUUGAACAGUUUGCUGCAACUAUAGGAGAAAUCAAGCGACUGCUGCCGCGUCUGCAUAAUCUGAAUUUCAAGCUCAAUUAUGCGGAUCAGAUGCAGGAUAUCAAGCCGGAUAUUGUAGCAGGCACAGCCGCCUGCGAGGAAGUGCUGAAUAGCAAAAAGUUUUCGAAAAUAUUGGAGCUCAUACUGCUUGUGGGCAACUACAUGAAUUCGGGUUCCAAAAACGAGGCCGCCUUUGGCUUUGAAAUAAGCUAUCUGACCAAGCUAACCAACACCAAGGAUGCGGAUAACAAGCAAACACUGCUGCAUUAUCUGACCGGGCUGGUGGAGAAGAAGUUCCCAGAUGCGCUUAACUUCCCAGCGGACUUGUCGCAUGUGGACAAAGCCUCGCGUGUUAAUCUGGAUGCCAUACAAAAGGCCAUGCGGCAAAUGAAUGCGGCUGUCAAGAAUCUGGAAACGGAUUUGCAGAAUAACAAAACGCCGCAGUGCGCCGAUGACAAGUUCUGUGAGGUUAUGGGCAAGUUUGCAGUGGAAUGUCGUCAGCAGGUGGAUGUGCUGGGCAAAAUGCAAGUGCAAAUGGAAAAGCUGUUCAAGGACAUUAGCGACUACUAUGCCUUCGAUCCCAGCAAGUACACAAUGGAGGAGUUCUUUGGCGAUAUCAAGACCUUCAAGGAUGCUUUCCAGUCGGCGCAUGCUGAGAAUGUGCGCCAGCGCGAGGAGGAGCAAAAGAAGCGGCGCAUGCAGGAGGCACGAGAACAAUCACAGCGCGAGCAAAUGGAGCGCAAGCAACGCAAUAUGGCAGUCGUCGAUAUGGAUGCGGCACAAACGCAGGAGGGCGUCAUGGACAGUCUGCUGGAAGCAUUACAAACGGGCUCUGCUUUUGGCCAGCGCAAUCGACAGCCGCGUCGUCAGCGUCCUGCAGGCGCCGAGCGUCGCGCUCAGCUUAGUCGCAGUCGCUCGCGUACGCGUGUUAAUAAUGGUCAGCUAAUGACGCGUGAGAUGAUUCUCAACGAGGUGCUCGGUUCAGCGUAGUACUGUCUGAGUUUGCAAGCUAAAUCUGCCCCUGUACAUAUUAUAGAUAGUUGCUAUUUUAAGUACCUUUUAGCUUUUUGAGGUAGCUCUAACCAAACUCAACUGGCGCUAAACUGAUGCUACCAACUUUGAUCCAAAACAAACAGUUGACAACUAUAUAUAACUAUAUAUAUACACACAAAUAUCAUAUACUAUGUAAAUACAUAUCGCCUUUUAGGCCUAUAUAUAUUUUAUAGCAUACAACAUAUGUAUUUUUGAUACGCUUUUACUAUUGUACCCUCCAAUUGUAAUGCAACCACCAUCGGCCCACUGCUUACCUAUCUACCAUGUAUACAAAUAUCCUAAAAAUAACUAUCAGAGCUGCAAAUUGCUUUAAUCUUAACUACACAUAUAGACUUCGGGCACAAAAGUUUAUUUUAAGCUAUGUUUUAAAAGUUCGAUCCAAUACUAAAACUUGUUUAAUGGAAACGAUACGGAAUUGACUUUUAAAUCCUAUCUGCAAUACUUAUUGAUUUCAUCAGCCUUUGCUUUAUCACAAAACCAAUUUGCAGCUCUUGAUCAUAUAGUCAAAAAUACAUUUCGUAUUGCCUCUUUGUAACCUCCUGAAUUCCUUUUAUUUUUAAAGCGCAUAUUUAUAAAAAUUAUUAAUUGUUGUUUGCAUGUCAUAAAAAAAACAAAAACAAAAAUUGUGCACUUCGUUUUCGAGGCACUUCAACGAACGAUCUUUAUGCAGAAAUUCCUUUUGUAUUUAAUUAUGAUUUUA